UCUGCUCUCUCCAAACAUAUUUAACCCCAAAAAAAAAAAAAUAUCACUGUAUUUUUUGAUCUAUAAAUGAAUUUAGAAUAUAUAAUCACUAAAUUCCAUUUCGAAAUUUAGAACCAGUCGACCACGUAGACUAUAAAUACCACUACUCUCUUCUUCUUCUCUCCAAAGUCCAAAUUAUAUUUGAUUCUCGACUGAGCUCAGAUUCUCUUUCCCACCUUCCUGAAAAUUUCAUAUCAAGUAUGAACAAGUACCAAAGUUGUGCCUCUUGCAGACACAACCGCUCAAAAUGUGUACGGGAUUGUCCACUGGCCCCGUACUUCCCUUCCCACAUGCACCAAAAAUUCAAGAAUGCCCGCAAGGUGUUCGGCGAAAGUCACCUGAAGCAGUUGCUCCGGAGCCUACCCCCUCACAAAAGAAGCACUGCCAUGAAGCACAUUAUAGCGGAAGCUGACAUCCGAGUCGCCGACCCGGUUGGUGGAAGUUAUGGACUUGUAAGGAACUUGGAGCUGAAGAUUGCGGAGGAAGAGGAGGAGCUCCGCCGCUUGCGCAAUGUACUUAGUGUGUUUCGUGGCAGAGGUAGUGGUAGUGUUGUGGCACAGCCUUUGGUUCAGAAACAGGGAUACAUUGUUCAAGAACAUGAUAACAUCAAUUAUCAGGGAUAUCAUAUUCCAGUUCUCCCUAUUGUUCCUGGUGGAUUUCUUCAUGCACUCCUUCAUCAAGAACAGCGCAACAACAUGUUUGAUUUAAGGGAUGAAGUUGUGCCGGAACAUGAUGUCAACCCAAAUCAGGGUGAGGAGGAGUGAGAGCAGUGACAUAAGGGGAAGGCGAUCACAGGUCAUAUCACUUGCAAAUGGUGAAACAUAGAUAGACCAGCCGCGUUUAGUUUUGAUCUCAUGUAACCUUGCUUUCUGCACAUCAAAUAAGAGCACAGGAUAAAAAGAAACAAGUAUGCAACUCUCCUGCAACUUCUUGUUGGACACAUAGUUGAGUUGUAAAGAACUAAUAUCAAGCAUUCAAGCUUGAACCUUCCUUUCUAAUUCAAACUAUGUAGUUAAAGAGUGGUUAAGACAUGCAUUCAUUCUUAUCAAGCAAUAUAGAAUACUGAAUGAUCUAUAGUUUCGCAGACAUUAUGAAACUUUUGCUUCAUAUGGUUAAGGAAGUUCAGGGCC